CAUUGGCAAAAUAAAUGAAAACGGGAUAAGUGAUAGUGAAAUUGAGUUGAAAUUUUGGCUAAAAACCGUUCAAGUAAAAGGAUUAAAAAAUACUCGCCAUCAUCAUAAGGCAACAAAUUUAAAGGAAAUCACAACGAAAAUGCUUUCGAAAGUACACAAAUGGCCACAGAUAUAUUCUACUGUACGGGCAACGAUUGGCGCAUGUUGUCCCCACGCCAACAAUACAACUUUUGCUCAGCCGCCAAUGUCCCAAUGCAUUGGAAAAUCAGAGCGUGCCUGUUCAACAAUGGAAAAUCCUUACCCAGGUGUAAAGAUAUCGGAUGAAGAGAACCGUGAAUUUAUGGACGUAUAUCCAGAUAUUGCGCGUGACCUUGCUGAGAUAGUUGGUAGGGACAAUAACAAGGACGCUGCAAAAUGGUUUAGAAAGGCCUUGGAUUAUAACAUAGCAACGAACCUCAAAAAAAACGGUCCAAUCACCGCUUUGACUUACAAAUAUUUUGUCAAGGGCAAUGAACUCACUGCCGAAAAAUUGAAAUUGGCUCUCAUACUUGGCUGGUGUAUUGAACUGCUGCAUUACGCGCUCCUCAUGUUCGAUGACAUCAUGGACAAGAGCACCACACGUCGGGGCCAGGUGUGCUGGAAUGCAUUGGAAGACGUUGGUCUCAAUGCUGUGAAUGAUGCGCUCAUGAUUGAGAAUUCCACCUAUGUAUUGCUCAGAAAGCACUUCCGUCAUCUGGAUUGCUAUGUGGAUCUGAUAGAUUUGUUCCAUGAAAGUUGCUUUGAAUGUUUACGUGGACAGUCAAUAGAUAUGCUCAUUUGCAAAAGGAAUGUCAACACUUUCACUAUGGAGGCGUGCAAUUCGAUUGUGGACCACAAAACUGCAUCUCAUUUGCUCUAUUUACCUGUAGCUGCUGGUAUGCACUUAGCGGGAGUUAAAAACCAGAAGAUAUACGAUGAAUGUAAAGCGAUUACAUUUGAAUUAGGUCAUUUCUUCCAAGUGCAAAAUGAUUUCCUUGAUUACUUUGGAGAUCCUCACAAAACUGGCAAAACUGGCACAGAAGAUAUACAGGCUAAUAAGUGUACCUGGUUGGUGGCAUCUCUCUUGGAAAAAGCUAGCCCGGAACAGAAAAAAAUUUUAGAGGAAUGCUAUGGACAAGAUGAUCCCGAGAAGCUAGCUCGUGUUAGACAACUCUAUGAAGAAUUGAAUAUACGCCAUAUCUACGCCAAAUACGAGGAAGAAUCUUACAAGAGGAUAAAAAAACUUAUUCAAAACGCAUCGGAGGAUGCACCACGUGAAGUUUUUCAAUUGCAACUUAACGUAAUUUUUGAUGAAGCAUUCCUAUAAUAGAAAAGUAGUUGAUAAGAAAUAGUAAAUAGUAAUAAAUUGUGGGCUGAAAAAAUGUCAGCUACUAGAUAAGUAGAUACUUUGGUAAUAUUUCAGAGCUAAAUCGCACCGAGACCGAAUUGUGCUGGAUUAUUUGACCAAACUCCAAGUAAAUACCAUCGUGCAAGCACCGUAUUCACCUGAUAUGGCUCCGUGCGACUUCUUUUUGUUUCCCAAGUUGAAGUUUCCCCUUCGUGGAAGGAGAUUUCAGUCGCUCGAUAGAGGAGGUCAAAGAGAAUGCGACGAAGGAGCUGAAGACCAUCCCUUCGUCGGCCGACCAGGGGUGCAUGGAGGAGUGGGUUCAGCGUUGGCACAUGUGUGUUGCUUCAGAUGGAAGGAGAUAAAAUGAAUUUGCCUGAAAUUUAA